AUGCUGGAUCGCUCUAUAGCUUACCACGUAAGCGUUCACUUGGCAAUAAAGAAGAGGCCACAUGACACGUGUCACCAUGACCCGCAACUCUCCCCGGCCCAAAUACGGGCAAACGUAUACGGGAAGUAUACGGGAGAGGGGCAGGGCGCUAAGAAGAACAUUUCGCCCCCGGUGGAGUGGUACGGUGUGCCCGAGGGUACAAAGAGCCUGGCCUUGGUCAUCCAAGACAUUGAUGCUCCUGAUCCUAACGGUCCCAUUGUCCUAUGGACUCACUGGGUGGUCGUGAAUAUUCCCCCUACUCUGAAGAUUGCAGGGUUGCCGGAAGGUUUCUCGGGCAGGGAGGAGGAAGAAGGGGGGGAGUAUGCGGGCAUCAAGGAAGGGAACAAUGACUGGAAGGUGCCUGGAUGGAGAGGCCUCAAGCUCCCGCUCCCAUCUCAUGGGCAUAGAUUUCAGUUCAAGCUUUAUGCACUCGACGACGAGAUGCAUCUGGGCAACAAGGUGACUAAAGAGAAGCUCUUGGACUCGAUCGGAGGACAUGUUCUUGGUGAGGCAGAGCUGGUUGCGAUCUUUUGAUUUCUGAGGUGGUUACCGAGCUGAGGUUACGAGUGAGUUUCAGAAGUGGUGGCCGCUUUCUUAAUUUUCU